AUGGCCGAGUUCCCAUCGAAAGUGAGCACCAGGACUGGCAGCCCCGCGCAGGGCAUGGGAGCAUCUGUGUCAGCACUGCGCCCCGACUUGGGCUUCCUGCGCUCCGCCCUCGGGGUGCUCACGCUACUACAGCUGGUGCUGGGGCUGCUGGUGUGGUGGGCCUUGAUUGCUGACACGCCAUACCACCUGUAUCCUGCCUAUGGCUGGGUCAUGUUCGUCGCGGUCUUCCUCUGGCUGGUGACAAUCGUCCUCUUCAUCAUCUACCUGUUUCAGCUGCACAUGAAAUUGUACAUGGUUCCCUGGCCUCUGGUGUUAAUGAUCUUUUUAGUCGCUGCCACGGUUCUCUAUAUUACUGCCUUUAUCACGUGUGCUGCCGCGGUCGACCUGAUGUCCCUGAAGGGCUCCCGACCAUAUAACCAGCGCUCAGCUGCCUUGUUUUUUGCCUGCCUGGUGAUGAUUGCCUAUGGAGUGAGUGCUUUCUUCAGCUUCCAGGCCUGAUGAGGAGUGGGCAGCAAUGCGGCCACGAGUCAGAUGGCUGGGGGCUACUCUUAGGUCAGCUACGCUGUGGCCUCAGCUGUGGCUGAGUCUUAGCACAGGGUCACCCUCAAUCCUACCGGACUCAAGCUCUCUGGCACUCCUGA